AUGAUCGAUAAAUCGAGAAGAGGACCUAGUCCGUUGAUAGGCUAUUCAAUUCAAAACCAAGGAUGUAUAUCACCUGAUCACCAAACUUGCUUGCAUCUUUCAAAUCAUAAUUUUAAUGGGUACAAAGAUUUUCAUUCCCCAGGCUUGAUGACUUUCAAACAAUUUACUUUAAGCCAAGACGAUAACCUAGCUCCCAACGAACUUAUUGAAAUGUAUGAUUCUUACAAAACUAAAUAUGUACAAAAACAUCAAUCCGAAUUUUUAGACAAUAAUAGAAACUCACCAAUCAUUUUCGAAAAAUUUCACCCAAUUUGGAUCAGAAAAGUUGUUGAUGAACGAAGAAAUUUAGUUUUGAAACGCAUUGAAGUCUUUUCUUCAAAAUUAAAAAGGGGAGGAUUCAAUACGGUCAAUCAAUCAAAUAAUGAUGUUGAAAAAAUAAAUCAUUCCAAUACUAUUUCUGAUAGUAUUUACACUGAUGAAAAUGACUCAAUUACAGUAUUUGGAAGCUUCCCUCAUUUCGAAACUGACUUAAAGUCUCAUCUUAUGUUACUUACAGAUAUCCCCAGCUACAUUUCAUAUUUAGAUAUAACAAAGUUCUUUAAUAACGAUUUUCCAUUAGCAGAUGGAGGCCUUGGGAAAUGUAAUGGUUUCUUGGAUAUUCUUCUCUCGCCUCCCAAGUUUACACGCGGUAUAUUGAACAGGCAAUGUUAUAUUUUAUUCGAUAAUAUGAGAAAUAGAGACUCUGCAAUUGAAUUAAUAAAAGGUAAAACGAUUAAAUCUUCAGUUACUACCAACUCAAUUUUACUGUCCUAUAAUGAUACAAAUAACCAGAUGGAAGAUACAAAUGAAAAUGAGGACCCUGUGGUACAACAAACUGGUUCAAAAUAUUCUAUUUAUAUUAUUCAAGCCAAGGGUUACAAUAAUGAAAAUUGUUCUACAAAAUUUGGACAGGUUCCAAAGAUUUUUUCUACCCAGGAAAGACUAUCAAUAGAUAAAAAUAACAUGAAAAAGAUAAUUGAGAAGAUUGAAAGUGAACAAAAUAUUAGCUCAGCAAUAAAUGAAAUAAUGGAGAAUUUAGUACAGGAUGGGUCUAUGAAUAUUAAAGCUGUUGUUGACGUUUUGUCAUUAUAUCUAAAAUUUGUUCAUGGAAUAGACUAUUACUUAUUAUCUGCGUCGCAUCCCAUACAGACUAAUACAUAUAAUCCCUCAAAUGUAGGGCCUGUUGAAUGUCUUUCAGAUACAAAUAAUACGAAGAACUCAAAUUCAUCAGAUACCACUAUUAGCCAAGAAGAUAAUGAAAAUUCAAUCAAAUAUAACGAAAAAUCAUUAAAUAUGUAUAAUAACCUCCUAUUUUUAUCUAGAGGGUAUAUUGAAAUUUUAUUUAAAAAUAAAUUCAGAAUUUGGUCUCAAAGAGAUGAAGGCAAUGUUUCUGAACCACAAAUAUAUAAAGGGCAAUUGGAUGAUUUUCAAAAUCAAGCUCUACUUAACCAACUUGAAGAAAACGUUAAUAUUUUGCUGAAUCUACCAUCAAUUUUUGAUAUGAUACCUCAUCCAAUUAGAGAUGAUGAUGAUUCUCUUUCAUACUCCUGGAAGAGAUACUGUGAACAGCAUACAUUAAGAAAAAAAGCCGAUCGAUGGCAAUGCGGUAAAUGUUUAAAGCAAUUUAAAGGCGAGGAGUUUGUGCACAAACAUCUUGCAAAGAAACACAAAGAUUUCCUGGAAACAAUUAGAGAAGAAAUUACCUUUGAGAGAAUUAUUAAACCAUCAGCGGAAAAAUUCCCACAUCUAAUUUAUCCAACAAAUGCUGAUGAAUUCAGUGCAACUUCUGUAAAUAGAAGAGGUAAUCACGGAAAUCCACAAGGCAUAUAUAGACCGAGGUAUAACAAGCACUUACGUUCUAACCCAUAUGAAAAGAGAAGGUAUUUUAAAGACUGGGAUAUACCUAAGCAACAAACAAUUAUUAAUUCAUCAAAUGACAUUAGAACUUCAAUAAAAUAUGAUGAUUUAUAG